AUGGGCGAGACGUGGGCGUGGUGGUGCCCGCGGCGGGGCGGCGGCGGCCGCGCCUGGGGCGGCGCGGGCGGCGCGGCGGCCGCGCUGCUGUGGGGCUGGUGCUGGCUGUGGCUGUGGGCGGGCGCCGCCGGCCAGAUGCUGCGCUGCCCGCCGCCCAACGACAUCUCGCCGUGCGCGUGCAACGUCAAGAAGAACGGGCUCGACCUCAUCUGCGAGCAGACCAACUCGCACCACAUCAUCGACGCGAUGCGCGCCCUCAAGGAGAAGUCGCCCGGCGCGGUCAUCUACUACCUCAAGCUGCGCCACAACAACCUGCACAAGCUGCCCAGCUUCGUGUUCCUCGGCCUGGACAUCCGCCACCUCACCAUCCACAACAGCAGCCUCUCCGUCAUCGAGGACUCGUCGAUCAGCUCCAUAGGCAAGGGGCUGACGCAGCUGGACCUGUCGCAGAACUGGCUGACCAUGAUCCCCACGACAGCGUUCCACGCGCUGCACCACCUGCUCAUCCUCAACAUGAACCACAACCGAGUGACGGAGCUGCACGCGCGCGCCUUCGAGGGCCUCGACACCCUCGAGAUCCUCAUGCUGUACGCCAACAAGAUCUCCAGUGUACACCAGGAGGCGUUCAAGGGCGUCCAAAAGAAGCUGAAGCGACUGAAUCUGGGCGGGAACGAGUUGACACGCGUGCCUACUGAGGCGUUGUCUAUCCUCGAGUCACUCAAAAGACUCGAGAUGCAGGAGAACCGCAUCAGCUCCAUCCAGGAAGGAGAUUUCGAUGGACUGCGCAACCUGGACUCUCUGGGCCUGGCGCACAACCACCUGAAGGACGUGCCCGCUCGUGUCUUCUCUCAUCUGACGCUGCUGAACUCCUUGGAGCUGGAUGGCAAUUCCAUCAUUCACGUCGAUCCUGAAGCAUUUGUCGGUCUGGAAGAGAACCUGCAGUACCUGAGGCUCGGAGACAACAACAUCCACUCCGUGCCCAGCGAAGCCCUGCGCCGCCUGCACCGCUUGCGCAACCUCGACCUCCGCGCCAACAACAUCUCCUACAUCCCGGACGACGCCUUCGUCGGCUUUGGGGACUCCAUCACCUUCCUCAAUCUGCAGAAAAACGACAUCAAGGUGCUGCCGGCGAUGGUAUUUGAGAACCUGAACUCGUUAGAGACGCUGAACCUGGCUAACAACAAGUUGCAGCACAUUCCAGAGGAUAUUAUGGAGCCCAUCACGGACACACUGCGAACCGUCGACAUCAUGGACAACCCGCUCAUCUGCGACUGCGACCUGCGCUGGUACGGCGAGUGGCUGAAGGGGCUGCGCAACAAGGACGACGACCUCAUGCAGAAGAAGCGCAUCAUCUGCACCAUGAUGCAGGAGCACCGCGAGUACCCGGUGCAGGCGCUGCCGCUGUACCGCAUGAACUGCGUGGGCAAGAACAUGGAGCAGACGUCGUCCAAGAGCUCGGGGGCGGUGCGGCGGGCGGGCGCGCCGGGGGCAAGAGGUAAGAUUUUUGAUAAUGAAGAACUUCAUUUGGAUGGUAAAAAUACAACAGCCGCACUCUCUGAGAGCUCCAGAGAGCUCUGA